CGGGCGAGCCUGCAGACGGCGGUGGCAGCCGCACGGCAGAACGACAGCUCGCUCGAUGGGCGGCACGUCAAAGCGUUGAGAAGGAGAGAGGGUCGUUCACACGUGCGCCAUGAAGACUUUCCAAGUUGAUGAUGAGGACCCACCGAGUCAAUGCAAUGGACUCCCUCGGCGCUGCCUGGCUAGAAAUGCUGCUGCCGCGGCCAGGCAGCUGGUUUUAUGCUCUGAGGGGAGCAGGCGUCCAGGAGGGGUGCAAGCGCACCCGUGCAUCCUCCCUGCAUCCAUCCCCGACCGCCCGCGUCCCCCCUCGCCUGGCAGGGAGAGGGAGACGCCCCAGAUGAGGAGCAGUGUCACGCGCCGGACCCUCGCCGGGAUCGUUGCAGUCGGGGGCCUUUGCUGAAGUCGCACCAGGCCAAAACGUGUAGCGCCAUCCCCGUGGGAGGCCGACACGUCGGUCUCGGAGCCCCCCACACGUCCUCCAAACUGCACACGAAAAGGCAGGGCACAGGCAGCCGUGUCUGAUGCACCUCCCUUUGGUCCCUGUUGCCCCCAGAGUUGAAAGCCGGCCGCCUGGCAGGGGCAGCCACACUCCUGCUUGGGCAGCAGCGAGAGCAUCAAGUGACUUCACGGCUCAUGAAAAUCUACCCCAUCCCUUCUAAACUCUUCACGCUGCAGGAGUGGACGACCCUCUCUCCUUUUCCAGGGUCUUCCAGGGCCUUUCUGCUGCCGUGUUGCUGACUGCUCCUGCUCACGUAGCUCCUCUUUCACAGCCCGGCAGACUCGUUCUGAUGAAGUUGGAUCGAAGCAAAAACAAAUAGUAAAUUGAAUCAUCCAGCCCAGGCCCCUCGCAUAGUAGUAAAGCUUCGUGUUUCUUUCUACCUGGAGAAAAAUAGGCGUCGUACUAUAUGGGAUGAUUCACCACGCCCUCCGCACCCCCCUUUUCAAAGUCCUAGAGCUGCCCGUGCCCAUGCAGAAGGUCCCGCAAAGUGGCAGAGAGGCUCCUCUUUCGCCACGCUCAUCUGGAGCACGUCUCCACUCAGACAGAGGGAGGUUAGCUCUGCUCUCGGACUCAGCUGGUGAGCAGGGCGGCACCUUGGGUUUUGCCCCUUUUUUACUUCGGUCGGCCUCUGGCUCCAGCUCUCUUCUGUCCCGGGGUGGUAACGACCGUUCUGUCCUCGAGCAGGAUCAGGUCAGUCCCACAGAGAUGGGCGAUGCAUUUCAGAGAGGGCGUCUGACGUGGGCCUUUCAAGUCUCCACUGAGGGCCCCAAGAGACAGAGCCAAUGUGGCAUGCCCUACGUCAAGCAAACACCUGUUGACCUUAAUAGGCGUUGGACCCGAGUCAGAACGGCAGGAUUUAGCCCAUUGUUACAGGAACAAAUUAAGCCCUGGCAUUUGAUCAAAGAGAGGGUCCACGAAUGCCUUCCUUUGAGGAAAGGACAGGCAAAGGUAGAGGUGGAACUGGGCUGACAGUGCAACAGCUUUUACCAACAGCCGUUCAAGCAAGCCCCGUGACCAUACUCCGACUUUGAUCCCAGCUUCUUUUACCCCCUCCCAGGUGUGGGAGCCAACAGUUUGUGGAACAGGAAAGUAUGGUGCAUCCUCAGCGGGAGGUGCCUUUGCUGUAGGGAGUCAGCAGUAGUGCUGGGCAGGUUACAGCCCCGCAAGGUGGGCAUGCGUAGUUGGCUCUGAGCAUGCAAAAGACACACAGAAGGAUGGGAACGUGUUAAAUAGGCCUGAAGAUCACUCCGCUCUCACGUGUCGUUGAGACUGGGACCGCAGCCGCCGCAGGAGCACUGGGCGAGGAGGAUGGAGAGGGGCGACUCAAUACGCUGCUGCAGAUACUAUUUAACAGCUCCACCAUCAGGGCCAGGUGAAGGCUCCUGACUCAGGCAGGGUGGAAGUGGAAGCAGCAGCUGCUGACUUAAAGCAAAGUGCUGUCAUACGCUGGUGUCUCUCGCGCAGCCCAGCCUUGCAAGCUGACACUGAUGCUCCAGGUGAGGUCAAGACAUGCUGGGCCUGUUCCCUGCUCUGCGACAGACUCGAGGUGCAAGCAUAGGCACCUCAUUUUAGCUCCCCAAGCUCCUACCUCCCCAUCUGUAAGGUGAUGAUGAGCCUGAUUCUUUUUUUUUGUUUUAAAAGAGCUGCUGCUAGGCUGGAGUCGCAUUGGCAAAGUGCUUUGAAAUCCUCGACGACCAGAGUGAAGUGUUACGACCCAAACGAGGAAAGUGCGAGGGGUUAGCAUCGCCAAAAGCAAAGAGCAGACAAGCAACAGGGCCCUGCAGGAGCGGUCUCACUCGCGGCCAUGCGGGUGGCUGUGAUCGGAGCGGGGGUGAUCGGGCUCUCCACGGCCUUGUGCAUCCACGACCAGUAUCACGCCAUCGUCCCGGCUCUGGAGAUCGAGGUCUACGCUGACCGAUACACACCACACACCACCAGCGAUGGUGCCGCCGGGCUGUGGCAGCCCUACCUGGAUGACAAGGGCAACAUUCAGGAAACGCUCUGGAACAAAGAGACGUUUGACUACCUGCUCGGACACCUUCGCUCCCCGGAAGCAGAGGAGAUGGGACUCUUCCCCAUGUCCGGCUACAACCUCUUCACACAGCCAGUCCCGGACCCAUCUUGGAAAAACAUUGUCCUGGGAUUUAGGAAGCUGACACCGAAAGAGCUUGAACUCUUCCCUGGCUACAGCUACGGUUGGUUCAAUACAGCACUGAUGCUAGAGGGCAAGAGCUAUUUGCCUUGGUUGACCAAGAGGCUCCAGCAGCGAGGAGUCAAGUUCUUUCAGAAGAAGAUCAGAUCCUUCGGGGAGCUUCUCGCAGAGGGUGCGGACAUCAUAAUCAACUGCACAGGGGUACGCGCAGGGGAACUACAACCAGACCCGGAGCUACAGCCAGGGCGCGGCCAAAUCAUAAAGGUCUUGGCCCCCUGGGUGAAGCAUUUCAUCAUAACUCACGACACUGAAUCUGGGAUCUAUAACUCCCCAUACGUUAUACCUGGGAGUAAGCUGGUGACCCUGGGAGGGAUAUUUCAGCUGGGAAACUGGAAUGAAGAAAACAGCCCCCGGGAUCAUAAAACCAUCUGGGAAAGGUGCUGCCAGCUGCUCCCAAGUCUCCAGAAAGCCAAAGCUGUGGAUGAGUGGAGCGGCUUGCGGCCAGUGCGCCACAGAGUUCGCCUGGAGAGGGAGACCAUUCAUCAUGGACUUUCCAAAUCAGAGGUGAUACACAACUAUGGCCACGGGGGUUUCGGACUCACCAUUCACUGGGGCUGCGCCAUGGCCACGGCAAGGCUCUUCGGCAGUAUUCUUCAGGAGAAGAAGCUGGCCAGACCACCACAGUCCCACCUCUGAUUUCACAGCAGCACCCUGGCCCGACUUGGGCAACCAUUCAAAAGCCAGUAGCACAGAGAAAAAACCCCAGCACAGCAAUAUGUACAUGCUUGCUCUUCAACACUCCCUACCACACCACCACUGGUCUGUACUGUAUCGUUUUCAAACUAUGCCAACUCCCUUUCUAUUACUGCUGUUUGCCAAACAUCGAGAUUCAGCCUUCCUCUGUUCUCCAUAAACGGCAUAACAGAUGUAUUAAAAGAAAGCUGAAGACAGUCCUUUGGCAAAGCACAUGUCUGGGUGCCCCAACUGUGAUGUCUCUAAUGCUCUCUAAAAGCAUUAACACUGUCUGGCAACUAACGCUAGCCCAUCUAAAGCCACAUACCUUUGUGUAAGCAACUGUGCUACACCACAGAGACACUUAGGGCACUUCUAUCCACUAUUGUGUUGAGGUUCCAGAAACAGGGGGUCUUCAACUCCAGGAGGAGUAGGAGACUCUCCAUUUGCAGCUAACAAUAUAAGGCUUCUGACACACGGCAGUUGUUCUGUUUCCAACUGACAGAGGAAUGCAUGUCUACAUUAAACAUUUCACUGCAGAAAUUUUGUGCGACUCUGGCAUGCUUGAGAGACAAGGGUAGCAGUAAAAAAAACAACCCACCCAUGAAACCACUUUUUUUUGUCCUUUGCCUAUAAAAAAGGAUUCCCACUCUGGCUUUCAGCAAACCCAUGUCACUGCACCAUGAUUACAUGGGGAAGAGCCAGUUCCCCUGUGUUGUUGGGGAGGACAAAUGUGCCCCUAAAUGGGCUGUUGGAAAACACUAAGAGAGCUGAUUAGAUGCCUAAUUUUAUUUGUCAUCUCAUCCUUCUUUAUUUUCUUAAAGCCAGAUUUUAAUGCACCUGAAUCCUAAAGGCCAGAUUCAAACGUGCUGGUGCACAAUGCCUCUCUCAUUAAUAAUGACAUGGAUGAGGUCUGAAAUACUAGUUCAAGUAAAACAGGCCUGUAGCUCUUCUUUUCACGUCUCGCCAGUAUUUCAGCCCUGUGGGAUUUUAACUAGCCUCCAGGAAGAACUGCCGCCCCUGCUAGCAUCUGCACAUGCAAACGGUUCUGAAACCUGCAUCACAUGAAAUGAGGAGCAUUAACAUCUCACAACGCCACAUGGCAGUCAGGAGUGUCCUGUAAUUGAGUUGACUUGUUCCCAUUAUGUGAGAGGAUGCAGUUUUGCUUAUGCAAAACUGGGCUGAAUGAAUGUGGGGGCUCAGAUCCCCUUAUUGUCAGGGCUGAGACACAAAGACAAGGGAGAGCGAGUUGGAGGCUUCCACUACCUCUGUUCACGUAGUAGCAGCAGUUCUAUAGAUAAACACUGAUCCCACCUCCAGCAGCUGGGAAACCAGCUCUCAUUUCUCACCACCCACCACUGCAUAAUGUCACAGAACCAAGCUGGAAAUGAUCCGUUGGCCACAAAACCAUCGUCUGAAUGCGACUCCACAAGAAGGGAGAACCUCUGAAAUGGCCCGAGAUUCCAGAAAGCUCAGAGAAAUCCCUGAAAACUUCAAUCCUCCCCUAAAUGCCAUCGUGACCCAAUCUGCCAUGACUAUUACGUUACUUCUGUCCCAGGAGGCAAGAGCCCACUUCCCCCUGGACUAUGGAUUGGACUGUAGCCGAACAAGGACUGACACAGGUAAACUGCUCCAUGCGGACAUGAGAACAGGCAGCCUUGUUACACAGUACUUGCAAGACAUUUAUCAUUUCGACCCAGAUGAAAGACAAUUACGCAUGUGAAUUGCUGCACAACAAAAUGAAAGUAUCUGUUGAUGGUUAAUGGGAUACCGACAGGCCAAAUCUGGCUGAAAAUUUGUUUUACAAAUUACAAAUUUACAAAAUAUGCAAGACCUGGAGCCAAUACAUGAUUCCAUUAAAAAACAAUCAGUGGAAACAGUUUAACCACUAAAUGGUUCUUUGCAAUGUCUGUAAUCUGUAUGUUGCUGCACUGAGGAGGUGACAGAGGAACUAGCUAGAAAAUUAUUAGAGACCAAAUUAACAAGACUAUUUUACCAUCCAAGCUCAGUGAAAAGCAAAAAAGUAACCUCAGAUCUUAAAUAGUGAAAAAUAAAUAUUUUAUACAUCCUUUAGUUUUAAUAAUCUGAUGGGCUAUUUCUCUGGAAGAUAAGGAAGCUCACCUGCUCUUGUUCUUGUAGGAGAAAAACCCGUACCCAAAUAGAUGUCUGUGUUUUCAGAGUGCUGGACCCACCUGAAGUCUAGGAGCAGCGUAUGCCCAGGAGAGCGGAGCAUUGGGACAGCCUCACUGGAACGACUGACCCUUCAGAACAAGUCCGUGUGUUUUGAAGGUCUCCCAUUGGCAAAACACAACAUUACUGUAAAAACUAUUCAUUUAUUCAACAUAAAAUAUCUAGUGUGGAAUCAAACUAUCCAAUGUUGCAUCAUUAACAUAGGAACAAAAGAAAAUAAAAGAGUA